AUUCCAGAGUUUUUAUCAACCCAGAACAUCACAGAAGAGAAGCUCCCGUUUGAAAGAUUUUACAUGAGCGGAUUGUUAGGCUAAAACAGGCUUACAUGCGUUAACUCUAUACAACUCUAUUCGUUUAAUUCAUUAUUUAUUUGUAUUUAUUUAUUUAACUUUGCCGUUGGUUCUGAAAUUAUUGUGAAGAUGAAUGGAAUCACGCGGAGUUUGUGUACAAUCGAGGACAUUAGAUCAGAGGAAAGAGUGGAGAACUGCAGAAGACUGCGACUCACUCUACAAGACCAGAGCCAGCAACAGAACCAGAGCAAGCCAAUCGGACGAGCUUUUGCUGUUGUGCAGCCUCCCACUGAGAGGGAGUCUUUGAAGAACGAGCCAAUCAAACCAUCUGAAGAGAAGGUUGAAGUCAUAAAGGUGUAUCUGAAAGCUCGUCAGCAGCAGCAGGCCCGGCACCAGCAGAGCCUAAAGAUGCUGUCAGAAGAAGUGUCACAGAUUCAAGAGGUGAGGUAUUGUCUGAAGAACUUGAGGGAACAGAUGGCUGCCAAAAACCACACCUAUAAAGUAGAGAGCAAGAUCCGGUUAUCCACCACUGGCUCCAGAGACUCCAACGCCCAUUCAUCAGCAUCAGCAUCCUCAGUGUCAUCAUCAUCAGCAGCAGCAGCAGCAGCAGCAUCAGCAACAUCUUCAUCUUCUGCUGCAGAGCAGAAACAUGACGACAAACAGGAGUGGGAAGAUGAGCAGGAGAGGGUUCGCAUGAGGGAGGUCAGUAAGAGACUGUACGCCCAGCUGCAGGACGCUGAGAAGAAACAUCAGGAAGACAGAGAGAAGCUACAGAGGGAGGCGGGUCAGUAUAAGCAGCAGUUGACGGAGCAGGGGGAGCGGCUGCGAGAGGCGGAGCUCACGGCCGAGCAGCAGGACCAGCGAGUCACGGAGCUGCAGCGACUUCUGACCGGCAUCGAGCAGGAGAGCUCCAGCCUGAGGGAGGAGCUUAUGACCCGAGAGGCGGAGCUCAUGCAGCUCAAAGAGCAGAGGGAGGAGGGGCUUGAGGAUGAGAGGAGGUCAGAGGACCUUCAGAAAGAGAACACUGUUCUGAAGGAGAAGCUACAUCACCUAGACGACAUGCUGAAGAGCCAGCAGAGAAAACUCAGAACCAUGAUUGAACAGGUUCAGAACUCAAAGCUGGUGAUCCAGGAGAGAGACCGUGUGAUUAGAGAGCUGGAGGAGAGAGUGGCCUUCCUUGAAGCUGAGAACAGAGAGAUGCACGACCAUAUGGAUUACUACAUGGGAGGUCAGAGGUCAAACUCCUACCUUUCAUCAGACCAGAACGCCCAGAUCGUCUACAGUAAGCCUUUGAGGCCCUCAACACAAAGCAACAAGUCUCUGCCCUUCAUCAAGGUCAUCGAAAUCAAAUCUUGAGCGGGCAUGAUGGCAUCACCAUGGUAACACACCAAGGCAAUUCCACAAACCACUCAGCCCAGCCUCCAUAACCAUGGGAGGCUACACCUGCAACAACACUCGACAUGACAUCACCACAGCUCUGCGAUUUUUAUGCAGUUAACCAGCUGACUAUCUCAACAGCAUUAUGCACCAAGAUCGUGACCUUAUGUGUGUGAGUGUGUGUGCGUGUGUUUCAAGUUCCAUCUGUUUUCUGUCAUUUUGAGUUUAGUAAGUAUGUCCUGUAGUUUAGGUUCAUGAUCUGUAGGCUUAGCACCUGUGUGUAGUGUAGUGGUCUCCCAUGUCUUAUAUGAACACUAUGCAACCCCAGCUCUGAAACAAGGAACUCAAUAUAGACACAUUCUACUCCACACACACACACACACACACACACUCUGCGGCAGUGAAGAAUGGGACACUGAACAGGGCGGCGGAGAGGUUCAAUAAGAGAGGAGUGGAGAUGAAUGGACAGUGUAAUGAGAAAGACUGGGUGGAGCAAUAAAAGAAUGGAGAACAGAGAUAGAGAAAGAAAGAUACAAAUAAAGAUAUUUAUGUUGCUCCGGGUUUAAAACUGUGCCUCUUAACACUAUGCUCACACACAUCCAAGCAAUUAAACCCAGUUUACCUCAGUAUUAACCCAGAAACACAGAAAACUGAAACUGAUUAAGAGUCUUUAACACAGCUACCCAGAUUAAGGAGAGUGGGCUGAUCUUUAUACAGAGAGACAGGAAGCAGACACAGCAGUGGGGGCUGUGUGUGUGUGUGUUUGUGUGUGUUUGUGUGUGUGGCUGUCUGUCUGUGUGUGUCUGUGUGCGCGUCUGUGUGUGUGUGCGUGUAUGUGGGAGGGGAUGACUGGGAAGGGCUGAAUAAUUCUCUGCUAUGUUUAAAUCAGGGCCAAACGGAAGGCUGGAUCAUUCCUGACUGAGUUAUCAGCCCUGAGCACACUUGAGCACACCCUCAGGUCAAGCCCAGUCAAGUCUCUUGCCGCAAGUCAUGCUUAUUUUUCAGGUUAAUGACACACGCAGGUUAAGAUAAGCUUGAAAGUGUUACAAGCAGUGGUGACUGAAAUAAAGUAACUAGUAAGUGAAUGAUAUACCAGAAGAAUGGCAACUAUUUCAAAAUUCUGAUAAUUCAGUCCAUUCAAAAAUCUGUUCAGCCAAUCAGGGGAGGGGUCAGCUCGGUACAGGAAACGGGAAAUGACAGCCCAGAAACUGAUCGGUUAUUUAAAACAGAUUUUACUAUGGCAACGCUAUUGUUGUGAGCUAGAGAGCGAAAGGAUAGGGUUUCUAUAGCAAUAAACUAUUAAAUCAUCAGCUCUUUCUCUCCCUCCCUCUCUUUCCCCCCACAAUAUUAGACUUUAACACCCGUACUUUUCCCCUUUCCCAGUCCUUUUGUACAGUUUCUGAUUAUUACAUAGCUGAGUGAAAGUUGGAGGAGCUCAAGUCCACAGUGUGUAAUUGUGUGUGUGUGUGUGUGUGUGCGCGCGUGCGUGCGUGAGGGUCUAGACUCUGAACGCAACCCAAUGACGUCAUCUCUCAUCUCUGGGUGGGUGUGUGUAAUGUCGAAGGAACUCAGAACUUUGCCGGUUGCAUAAUUGCAGCAGUGACGACACACAAGGGAAAUGAAGAUGAUUAUGGUGGUGAUGAAGAUUAUUUAAAACAUAGCAAUAUGUCCUAUUUAAUAUUGACCCCUUAUAUGAAACUGACAUGUUCAGUUCAGUAUCAUGAAGCUUUUGUUCUUAAUCAUUGAGUUUGUAUAUAGUAAAUGACUCCUCCAUUUUUCUUGUGUUGUGUGUAUUUUUACUCUCCCGAGAAACUCUUUGUAGCUCUUAGCCAAAGGCUUUCCCUUGGUGAUCUGUAAAUAGUGAACGCUUGUUUUUGUAGUUAUUUUUGAUGUGAUUUAGGAAGCACGUUAUAACAGUGUGAAGGCUUUGGAUAUUUCAAUAAAUCAUCCCGAAUCUC